AUGGACGAGGCGGGCUGCGGCUCGUGGGACGUGGCCUCCAUGCGCGAGGAGGACUUCGAGAAGCACGCCGUCUACCUGGUGCCCGACGCCCACACCGAGCCGGGCUGCCCAGACCGGGCAGAGGCCUCGCUGCCACGCAACCUCACGCUGCGGCAGUCCCAAGCGCUCAGCGAUGUGCAGGGCGUGUGGAGCACGGGCUACAUCCCCACGGGCACCAGGUUCGGCCCGCUGGUGGGCGAGGUGUAUGCCCGAGACGCAGUGCCCAGCGCCGCCAACAGGAAGUACUUCUGGCGGGUGAAAAACAUUGAAAAUUUUGGGCUUAUUAUUAAAAAAAAAGUUCGCUUUGCUGGUUCUGACGCAUGUGUUCGAACUUUUGGUUCUCAGGUGUACAAGGAUAACGAACUGUAUUAUUACAUGGAUGGUUACGACACGAAGAAGUCCAACUGGAUGCGCUAUGUGAAUCCAGCUUACUCCUCCGAGUCUCAGAACCUAAUCGCAUGCCAGUACAAGAUGAACAUCUACUUUUACACAAUAAAACCAAUACUGCCAAAUCAGGAACUUUUGGUGUGGUACUGCCGGGAGUUCGCGGAAAGGCUAAAUUAUCCCCUCACUGGUGAACUGAUGCUACAGAGGAUAAGGCAACAAGUUCAGCAGUCAAGUGCAGUAACGGAAACACCAAGUGAAUCCCCACACAAAGACUUGUGCCACCAAGCUUACGAAGCUCGGUCCACUCAGUUGACUCCUACCGACGGCUCAGUCAGGUCUGACGAAGGCUACCACAGCAAUGGCUACCACGACGAUGUUUUCACGCCGCUUGAAGAUAGCAGUGAUUCUGACAGUGACAACAACUACGUUCUCGACUUCAGUUUUUGCAGCAAGAAGCCGCCAGCAAAUUUAAGCUGUCUGGCAGCCGAACCGUUGGAGGUCCAGAAAAACGAGUACAGGAAAGUGAAAAUCAAAAUAACCAAGGCGUACCACUACAAAAACAAGCGCGAAUGCGCGGAAGACGCCGACCCGAAGAUCGUCGCUCCGGCGAGUUCGUCCGAGCCGCCGUCGACGUCGCUGCCGCUGCAGUCGCCCAACAGCACGACCGUGAUCGUGAUCGACUCGCCCGCCUCCCCCCCGCCUCCUCCCGCCGCCGCUCAGACGCACAAACACUUCUACGAGAGCGAGGCGGUCGCCAGCCAGAGAGUCGCCGGCAUGCACCUGCUGCCGACCACCAACAUCCUGGAGAACAUCCUGACGAGGAGUCGCACGGACACCAACAACAACAGCGACGGCAACCAGGAGGCGCCGAAGGCUGCCAGUCCGCCGCCCUCCUCCCCCACGGAGAUGGCAUACUCGUACAAGAAGUCGCACAGGUACCACGUGGUGCCGUGCAGUCCGGACUCCAGCUCCGGCGCCCCGCUGCUGCCACAGCCGCCGCCCCCGCCGCCCCCGCAGCCCCCGCAGCCGCCCCCCAGCUCCCACCUGAUGCUCCCGCUGCUGCUGGGCGGCCGCCAGCCCCACAGCCCGCCCCCGCCGUCCCCGCCGCCCGCCGCGUACCACGGGCCCUUCCACCCGCCGGACCUGGCCUACCCCGCCUACCCGUACGGCUACCCCGCGCACUCGCCCGGCGAGUCGCUCGCGCCCUACCACGGCGCCCCGCACUCGCCGGGCGAGUCGCUGUCUCCCGACGCCGGCUCCAGCCCCAGCAGCCCGGGCGCGCCCGGCUCGCGCGGCUACCGCUCGCUGCCCUACCCGCUCAAGAAGAAGGACGGCAAGAUGCACUACGAGUGCAACGUGUGCUGCAAGACGUUCGGCCAGCUGUCCAACCUCAAGGUGCACCUGCGCACGCACUCGGGCGAGCGGCCCUUCAAGUGCGGCGUCUGCACCAAGAGCUUCACGCAGCUGGCGCACCUGCAGAAGCACCACCUGGUGCACACAGGCGAGAAGCCCCACCAGUGCGACAUCUGCAAGAAGCGCUUCAGCUCCACUUCCAACCUGAAGACGCACCUGAGGCUGCACUCGGGCCAGAAGCCGUACGCGUGCGACCUGUGCCCGGCCAAGUUCACGCAGUUCGUGCACCUCAAGCUGCACAAGCGACUGCACACGAACGAGCGGCCCUACACCUGCCAGGGCUGCAGCAAGAAGUACAUCAGCGCGAGUGGACUCAGGACACAUUGGAAGACGACCAGUUGCCGUCCAAACAACAUAGAGGAGGAGUUGGCUCUUGCAGCUGCGGCGGCGGCCAGGUCACCCCCGGGAUAUUACGAAUACACGGGACUCGAUUUUAGCAUGGGUGAGUCGCCGGUACACGAGCGUAGUCUGUGA